AUGGAUGCUAUAUUGGGCGCUUUGGGCAUUCUCGCAGCACCGAGGUACCAACGGCCUGCCAUCCACCACCAUCCCUCUUUCCCCUACCCACUCUCCAAGUCCAAGCAGCAAGAGGCGCUCCAGUUCCUCGACGACCUCGACAGCCUCGCCCCGCCCCCCGCGGCGGGCUCCGGCGCUGCCCCGGCCGCACCCGCCUCGGGCGCGGGUCCGGGCGCGGAGGGCGAGGCGGAGGUGUUCGCGUUCAUCGACGAGAUCACGCAGAAGAGCUCGGAGCCGCCGCGCCUGCACGACCGCCCGCUGUCCCGCGCGGGCACGCCGACGGUGCGCAAGAGCACGGAGCGCGUCAAGGUCGGCGGCGGCGCCCCGCUCCUCCCCGGCGCCGUCGGCGGGGUCCCGAGGUCGCGCACGGACUCGGGGAGCUCGAGGGUGAGCGUCGCGCGGGCGGCGAGCGCGGAGCCGUCCCCGCUCGAGCCGGCGAGGCAGGGCGCGGCCGCGGGUGGAGGGUGGGGGUGGGGGAGCGUGUGGUCGACGGCGAGCAGUGCGCUGCAGCAGGCGAGGACGGUCGUGGACGAGCAGGUGAAGAAUCUGCCGAAGAACGAGCAGGCGAGGAAGUGGGGGGAGGGUGUGCUCGAGUACGCGAAGAGCGCGCAGCUGGAUAAGAUCAGCCAGGACUUCAGGCGUGUGGGGCUUUCCACCUUGACGGACAUUUUGAACGCAGUCGCGCCGCCAAUCUCGGAACAUGAGGUUAUCAAGGUCUGGCUUAGCCAUGACAUGCAAGGAUACGAGGGUAUCGAAGGACUGACGUACCGUGCUCUCUCGCGGAUCAUGGAGCAAGUCGAAGGGGGUGACCUCGUAGUGAACCGCGGCGACGAGUCUCGUCCGAAAGAGACGAAUGAGCAGAGGGACAUGAACGCGGUGGAGGGCUACGAGGCGGCACUGAAACUCGCUCAGGCCAACCUCGAGGAGCUCGUGAAGCGCAACGCGAAGCCUGAAGACACCCCCGAGUCGAGCACACAGAAUCCCACCACAUACUCCUAUGUUUACCUCCGUGUUCAACCCUUCACCACCACAUAUUCCCUUCCUCGACUGCCCGGAACGGAAGCCUCUGAAGCCACUUCUCAGUCAACUCUCCAGUUUCUCAUCUGUCUCUCCGACCCGGAUCACAAACUCAUCCACUCUACCGUCACUCAGUCGGUUCCUGAGAAGUGGCUCGAGCUAUGGGACGACUACGACUGGGUCGAGGACCUCGUCGUGGAGGCGAUCAGGAUCGGAGUCGAGGUCAUCGGCCAGGAGUACAUCGGAGCGCGCAUGGGCUGGGACGGGAAGAAGGCCGCCGAGCCCGAGGUCGUCGUGGUGGACGAGUCGGAGAAGGUGGCCGCUUGA